AUGGUCAGCUCGGUCGAGCAGGCCACAUGUCCUCGGAUUGCCAUCUUUGCUACAGAGAGCGUCCACCAGAUCUGUCAGCGCAAUGGCCUGCCUAACCUGUCCACACUACUCAGACCUUGGGAGCAUAGCGUCGAAAGAGUCGCUGUGAGGAUCUCGACCUACGACUCUCAGCAGCACGCUGUCUUCCCGCUGCUGCUCAAUGAGAUUGAGGAUAUCCUCCAAGACGACCUCGAGGUGACCGGCGAAGUGGAGGCGGCGGGCGACUUGCUCGAUGCCUUGGGGACUCGUAUAUCUCGUCAGUCAGAUGCUUGGCUUGCGCAAGGCCUCGACGAAGCUCAAGAGCGACCAUGGUAUCGCAUCUUCAAGGAAGCCGUCAUUGCGCGACGACCUAUCACAAGCUACGACACGUUUGGUCAUCCCGUAGCAGGCAAGCUUCCUCCCUGGCUCUGCGUAUCUGCAUCCGAGCCUUCGCCGCUCGAAUCGCUCGCGCGUCUCUAUGCGGCGACGUCUCGCGAGACCUUGUUUGCUGACAAGAAGUACAUCGACCCCUCCAUGUUCCGGUACUAUGUCAUCCUCCACGACAACUUACACGAUGAUUCCAAUGCGACGAAAGAGUUGCUCGAGCAAGUCAAGCGAGCUUACGGCGUUCACUGCGCUGUUCUGCCCAUAUGUGCCUUCGCGGCUGCCAACCGAGGCAUAGCAGGACCACUCUCUGAACGGUGGUCAGCAGAAUCAGAGAUACCCAACACGCGCUCAGACGGGUUUGCAACGCUAUGGAAUGCCUGUCUGCCUUCUCAGCAAGACACAGCAUUGACAACACGACAUGACGAGCUCCAACAUGCGCGAACAGCAUCGCGGGAGUCCAACGCUGCUCAGAGCCUCGUUGAGCCCGGUGCAAUGCUCGGAGAUCGAGAUGCGGUCGUCAUCAAGCUCUUCCUACGAGAAUUUGUGGUGCAGUCGCUUGUGCCGCACAUGGAAAGGUGCCUUGUCCAAUGGAAUGAAUCGCUUGCAGCUUCUCGGCGUGGUCUCACCUCCCGACUCUUCAGCGCCGGGCGUAAAUUUCUCGGCUCAGGCUCUGCUGCCCCCUCCCGCGCCGGUUCACCAGCUAUACCUGCCAGCGUGGGGUAUGAUCCGAUAAAAGACAUAUAUUCGCACAUCAGCACCGAGGCACAGACGCGCAGGCUCGCAGAUUACGCUUUCAUGAUGCAAGACUACAAGCUGGCCAGUCACACUUACGACCAACAUAGACGCGAUGUCCAGCCUAGCAAAGCAUACAGAUGUUUUGCAAGCUCAUCUAGAAUGGCCGGCAUGUCGCUGCUCUGCUCGAUGCUGCAAUCGACUGCAGUACAACCCGCCUUGGUCUCUGAAGCUCUACAAUUCGCCGAAGACGCCAUUCGUACGAAGGAGAACAAGACGGCGCUCGAUGGGCUGCGCGCAAUAUGCCUUUAUGCCGAAAUACUGACGAGCCUUCGAGAGUACGCACGAGCUUCUUUGCUUCUCAUUUCUGCUGCUGGACAGAUCGACGAGAUAUCAAGCGCUCUGUGGCUCGAGCAAGCUGCAUUGGCGCUUCGACAAGCCGGUGCUCGAUCAAGUCGACGUCAGGCACGCACCAUGCUCAUGGCGGCUCAUCGUUACGAACAAGCCGGUCAUCGUCCACAAUCUACGCACUGCCUCGAGGUGAUCAUCGAUGCAAGCAAUGGCUUACAAUGGCCUGGCAUUGAGAAGCAGACAAUGCGCAGUCUCAUCCGGCAAGCUUGCGCAACGGGACAUCCUCUCAAGGCAAUCGAGUCUAUAGUAUUGCUUCUUCGCAAGUCGACUCCUUCGGCUUUCAGUGGUGCUCAGGAAGACUCGGAAAUGCUACAGGAACUAUCGACUGCGUGGAAGCUGCUGGACGAUUCGAGCAAGACUGCGCUUGCUUCUAGAGACGUAUGUGUGCAGAACGCGUUUGCUGAGCCGGUGUAUACCCGGUUGGACUUGCCGCAUCAGCAAGUCACGGCCAGAACGCACUGCGCUUUGCUACCUGAAGACUAUAUCCAGAGACUCUUUCGAGAUCGGUCAAGACCCGAGCGUAUCAUACGACAAGGUGGCAAUCGUACAGCAGGCUUAGGAGAUAAGCUGCGCUUGACUGUUCGGUUGCGCAACCCUCUGUACACGACUGUUUCGCUGACGAAGAUUCGCAUCGUCUGUCAAGACGUGAGAGAGCCCAACCACAUCCUUGAGGAUGACUCGCUGUCUUUCGUGUGCCCUGAUCGAGUCGAGCUCCUGGCGGCCGAAGUCUCAGAGAUUGAGGUCUCUGUGACAGCGCGGAAAGCGCUGCAGUUUACAGUCGAUCACAUCGAGUUCUUGCUCAACGACAUGCUGCAAUGUCGGGACAGCCUGAGACGAAAGGGCUCGCGACUGCAGAAGACGCUCGAGCAGCGUGUUCAGGCUUCAUAUGCAGAAGAUACAUCACUCUCUGUGCUCGUGCUGGACGAGCUGCCCUCGCUCAAGAUGGAGCUGCAACUGCCGGAGCGGUCGUUGGCGGGCGAAAGGUCACGGGCAUGUCUCGUACUCAGUAACCCGGGACAGGUACCUCUGACGAGCUUGCGCUUGCAUUCCAGCCAUCCGCAUAUCCUCUCGAUGGUGCAAAUGGGACAGCAAGAUGACGGGACAAGCAUCAGAUAUGAUGCUGCUUGCGAUACGCGGCAUGUUGCAAACAAUAUCGAGACCGAUCGGCUGUCGGCGAACGUCCUUUUACAGCCGCUCCAAGCGAAUGCAAGCAUAUCGCUCGAUGUUUGGAUAUACGGAAGCUCUACAGAGGAUAUCACUGUCCUGGCGGCCUACGAAACAAAGGAGCAAGGGACGGUGUAUAUUGCUCAAGCGAGUCAUCGGCUCACUGUCGACCCAUCUAUUGCCUUGCGUGUGCUGGAUUGGUGGCACGAUGUUGGACGUGACGAGCGAAAUCUCUUGAUCGAAGUAUCUAAUAGCCAUCUCGAGCUCCCCUUUGUCUUGACGACGCUAUUCGCUGCUGGUCCAGGAUGGCAGCUCUCAUCUUCGCCUGCGUUCGAGACAGCACGACUCGCGCCGCGUCAGAACCUUGUUUGCUCGGUCGUGUUCAAGCAGCUGCCCUCCACCGAUCAGGGGAGCCUGUCUGCUCAGACUUCUGACUUCACAGCGCAACAAAUCAAGAAGCUAUUGAAUAACGAGUCAGUCCUGGCCGAUGCACCGGGACCGAUUUCGGUUACCGUCUCUACAACAGCGGAUCACUUGCCGAGCGGCGUAUACGAACAUCUCGUCAGCUUGCGCGCCGCUCAUCGCCGCAAGUCUCUUUCUGCAGCCUUCUCAAUGGUCCCUGUCGACUUCUUGCCCCAUUCCUUCACAAGUCAAACGGAAGGCACGAUCGAUCUCGCAGUCGGCUGGUGUCUUGCAGAUGCCGAUCGAAGCGGCUACAUCUACCAGGCCGAGCUUCAGGUUGAGCCGGCCAAGGAUGUGCUGAGCGAGAUCCUACAAGCCGCUGAGAGCACUGCGGGAGGCUUGUACGAAGAAUCGCAAGUGGAGAAAACGGCUUUGAUUGCGAGCCUGCGGCGGUCGCACCUCGUGAGCAACGACUGUCCGCUACGUGUCUCCCUCGUUGCGCCAGGCUCAGUCGAUAUGCCCCCGUCGCGAAGAGCUAAGACUGUUCCGUUCUCAAUACGGUGCAUCAACGUGUCUACCACCUCGAAUCUAGCCAUUACAGCACAUCUGAACGUCAAGACCAGCACAAACAGAACUGAGACAACUGCGAUGCUCGUGGGAAAGACGCGUCUCGAGGCGUCAGUCAGCCCAUUGGAGCAGAUUGAGCUUGCAACGACUGCCUGGCUGCCGAGAGCAGGCAUCUACGAUCUGUCCAAUUGGCGACUUAGCGUCCGAGAGCAGAGCGAGCAACAGAGCGUCAAGCGUGACUGGAUCAUCAAUGGCAUACAACAACAUUUACGUGCUGUACAGCCCUAGCGCCCUGAAGAUAUGCUGCGAUUGUUGUUGACACUUUUCACUUUGCAAGACUCUAGAAAAGAUGCUGAAGCGUGCGCGAGUC